CGGAAUUUCCUCCCGAAGUGAGACAAGGCCUCUUUCUGCUCAGUCCUUUCCGAAUCCGAGUCAUCUCCAAGCUCCUCCGAGACAAACCGACCAUUCCCGAGAGUUUCCGAAGUCUGCUACCGAAGUUUUGGCACAAGAUGUCUGCCCAUCUGCAAUGGAUGAUUGUCCGCAACUGCUCAAGUUUCCUCAUCAAAAGGAACAAGCAAACAUACAGCACGGAACCCAACAACCUUAAAGCCCGCAACUCUUUCCGCUACAAUGGGCUGAUCCAUCGCAAGACGGUUGGGGUGGAGCCAGCGGCUGAUGGGAAGGGCGUUGUUGUGGUCCUCAAGAAACGUGCUGGCCAGCGGAAGCCAGCCACCUCCUAUGAAAAGAUCACCAUAAAUAAAAAUGCACGCGCCACGCUCAGCAGCCUCCGUCACAUCAUCCGCAAGAAUAAUUACCGCAAGGACCUGCGUAUGGCUGCUCUGCGUCGUGCCAGUGCAAUUCUUCGUAGCCAGAAGCCGGUGGUAGUGAAGAAGAAGCGGACUCGGGCUACCAAGACCGCAUAAAGAGUUCCCAGAUUAUCCAAUAAAGGAUUGGAACCAGAA